AUGAAUAUUAAAAAUGAAAAAGAAAGGAGUAAGAAGAAUGAAGAAAAUGCUAAUUACACCGAGACUUACAUUUGCGAUAUUUCAGUAUUACACACUGAAGUGCCACGUGACGACAAAGACGUGUGGAUUGCUGAUACAGGAGCUAGCAUGCACAUAACAUCAGAGAAAGAUUUUUUCGUUUCUCUUCAGCCUUCGAAAAAUGUGCCUCAUGUUAGAACUGCUAAUAAUAAAGUUUUGCCAACGGCCGGGAUAGGAACAAUCAACAUUCAGGUAGAAAUUGAAGAAAAGUUUUACGAUAAGCAAUUGUCAAAUGUUCUCUACGUGUCUGGUUUGAAGAGGAAUUUAUUUUCAGUGGGAGCUGUAAACGACAAGGGUUUUUGUUUUCAUUCCUUCAAGGAUUACUGUGAAGUGAGAGACAAGGAUAAUAAAGUAUCGUCCACGGGUGUGCGGUAUCCCAGAUAG